GCUUCUCACGCUGAGACGAAGAGCACAAGUUAUGGAAUCAGCUAGCCGCUAGUUAGCCAGCAUGCUAACUCCCCCAUGCUAAUGUUACACUGGCCACAGAUGAUGCGGCGGCUAACGGUUCCUCUUCCUUCCCGCUCGGAGGAAACGUGUGCAGAAUGUUCUGGACACUUGAAUCUGGAUCCAUGUGACGAACUAUCCGCCGUCUUCAGGUCUCUUGUUCUUCAUUCUUUUCUUCCUCAGACCAACUCAGAGAUCUGUUUCAACAAGCUGUGCACCGUCCCCGGCCUGAAGCCCGUGAUGCCUUCAGGAGCCAUGUACCUCAUGGUCGGGAUCGACAUCUAUCACUUUCCAGAGUUUAAGGACGACGUGGACUUCACCCAGCGGCUGGUGACGGAGCAGUCGGUGUUCUGCCUGCCGGCCUCAGCCUUUGAGUACCCCAACUUCUUUCGCAUCGUGGUGACGGUGCCGGAGGAGAUGAUGGUGGAGGCCUGCGAUCGGAUCGGGGAGUUCUGCCAGCGCCACCAUCGGCCCCGCAGCCGGGACAGCAACGACCUGGACCAGUGACGGGACCGGACCGCGACGGGACCGGACCCCGAAGAGGCCGGACCCCGACGGGACCGGACCCCGAAGAGGCCGGACCCCGAUGAGGCCGGACCCUGACGGGACCGGACCCCGACGGGACCGGACCCCGAAUCAGCCGCUGCGUGUCCGGGGUCAGGAGGUCAGAGGGGGAGGAGCGACUCGUCCUUCAGGUGUAAUUAUUCUGCAAUACCCAAUAUUUAUGUUUUCUACAGGCAGCGUAUAGAUGUGACUUGUUGGUGUGUAUUUAUAUGAUGUGUGUGAUGUCAUCACAGGGCCCCGCCUGCUUCGCGUUCCCCAUUCCAGGAAGUGAAUAUAUGUAUUUUAAUAUUCAUUUUCAUAAACAAUAAGACGGUCGGCUGCAUCGGCCUCCUGGUCACGUGGUGGUCCUUGUGUUUCAUGUUACUGUCGGAUUGAAACACACAGGUGUGUAAAUAUAUAUACACACAUGUGUGUAUAAAACAACAACUGUGUUUACUUUGUUCCUACCCAAUAAAAUCAUGUUGACAUGAGUACCAGAA